UCAAGCAACAUGGUACCCAAGGUAUUCGCACUCCUCGCCCUCGUGGCCACCGCCCUCGCCAGCCCUCAGACCUACGGCUACGCUGCUCCUGGUCCUGCUUUCGGACCAGCCAAGUACGACUUCAACUACGCCGUCAACGACCCUCCCUCCGGCAACGACUUCGGCCACCAGGAGUCUCGUGAUGGAGACUUCACUCAGGGUUCCUACUACGUCCGCCUUCCCGACGGUCGCCUGCAGACGGUCAACUACAACGUGCAAGGAGACUCCGGCUUCGUGGCUGAGGUCAGCUACGAGGGUCAGGCCCAAUACCCGACCCAGCCCCGUGCCUACACACCUGCCCCUACCUAUGGUUAAAAAGUGCGAUAUUUGUCAAUAUCUAAGUGAGUAAAUAUGAAUGUAUAAGUAUAGAAUGUUGUGGUUCUAUUUCCAUAUCAGUCCUCCACUAUUUUAAUAAAGUAUUUAUAUUUUA